GCUGCGCACUGGUGUUUGCGCAUACACACGUUGCAGAAGAAAUAUUCUCUGAAUUUCCCUUUUUCGACAUUUUAUAGCAACAUAAGCUCGUACAACAUGGCGGAGGUGACGAGGCUGGUCUACUCUAUGGUGAAAUUUCUGGUGCAACAAAGAGACAGUGGCGCCCUCUCUGAUGAUGGCAUUGAGAGUUUAGAAGUUGCCAUAGAGUGUUUACAGACUGCAUAUGGUGUGAGUAUGGAUGACACCGCCCUUGCUGCAAGAUAUGGAAAAGACCCACCUCUCCCAGAGAUAUUCAACAAUGGUAUAGGCCAAACCCAGGGAUCUGACACUACAACAUUCAAUCCUCCCCCACAAGCCUCAGAGGAGGAUAAAAAAGAAGCAGAUAAAUUUAAAGCACAAGGAAAUGAAUUUAUGAAAAAUGAGCGUUUUGAAGAAGCCCUAGCAAGUUACAGUAAAGCAGUAGAAAAAGAUGGAAAUAAUGCAGUCUAUUAUUGCAACAGAGCUGCCGCAUAUGCCAAACUAAAUGACCAAGAAUCUGCACUAGCAGACUGUGAGUCUGCUAUAGCCAUAGACCCCACUUAUAGCAAAGCUUAUGGAAGAAAAGGUUUAGCGCUAACUGCCUUAGGUGAACAUCACCUGGCAACAGAUAGCUAUAGGAAAGCACUGGAGCUAGAUCCUAUGAACCAGAGUUAUAAGACAAACCUAGAUAUUGCAGAACAACAACUUAAAGAUACAAACUUAGGGGGAGGCGAGAGAUUGAAUCCAGUGUUUGGUAACCUAGCACCUGGUGGUAUGGGAGGCAUGGACAUUGGAGCUAUGCUUGGCAACCCAGCAAUCAUGAAUAUGGCCACACAGAUGAUGUCAAAUCCAGAAAUGCAACAGAUGCUUGGUAAUAUGAUGGGUGCAGCUGGUGGGGGUGGUGGCAAUAUGGACAGCCUAUUUUCAGCUGGUCAGCAGUUAGCUCAACAAAUGCAGGCAUCUAAUCCUGAACUUGUAGAGCAAUUAAGACAACGUGUGCCGGGAGGUGAGGAACAACCCAAUGAACCGAAAAAUCCAGAUCAACAAAAUCCAGAUGCAGGACAAAGCUAACUGAUCCUCCCCAACUUUGACAUUUGAAUGAACUCAAACUUUUUCUCACUGACCAGUCCCUAAGAUAGUAGAGGCUUAAAUACAUCUGUUUAUUACAUCAGAAUGACUAUUUUGUGUGAGGGAAACACUGAGCUU